GUCCCCCCCUCCCCUCCCUGGAAAGCGCACACAUCGACCUGGUAGUAGGACUACAGAGCAGCGGGACGCGCGAGCCACUGGGUGGAGCAGGCAACGGCGCGUGCUGCGGAACACAUUCGGUAGGUCGUUAACCGCGCCGCGCGCGGUCUGGAUGCAGAUGCGGGUCGGAGAACGUCAGCGUGAAGCAGCGGGGGGACAUGGCGAACGGGCGCGGGCGGCGAUGCGCCUCGUGAGGAUACACUAGGUAGAGAAACCGGGAGCGGAGGCAGUGAGUCAGGCAGCUCGAGGACACAGUUCAAGAAGUGGGAGAAGAGGGUGAACCAUGGAGGACUCGGAGCCCGCGGAGGACGGCUUGCUCCCGGGUCUGCGGUGGAACCGGAGCGCACGGGACCAGGCGCAGCUCAAACACAAAAUCCGGGAUCUGCCGGGGUUGCUCAAGCACGGGCUGCACCUGCGGAAAAAGAGCCAAUCACCUGACACUAUCCCUGGACCGAGCACCGGAUCAACAGCUCACAAGUCUUGCUCGCAAAGUUUUCCAUGUGCCGGUCGGUCUGUUAGGAAUGCCUUCCUCUCUCAUGGACCGUACCCAGCUAAAGACAAAAUCCACCUGGCCAGAAUAAUACGGCGUAGCUAUGUGGGAGUGGAGCUGGUGCAGUGGCUGUGUGAGCAGUGCGUGUACGUGCGCUGUCGGACUACUGCUGUGCGUGUCUGGCAGGUGCUGCUGGAGCUGGGAGUCCUGCUGUCUGUGGACCAGCGGGUGGUGUUUUCAGACUCCAAUUCCUACUAUCAGUUCAGUUUUGAGGAGUGUGAGUCUGCUUCCUGUGAGUUUCGCUCCAAUGAGGGGGAGUGGCCAGAAGCUGUUAAGCUCCUCCUUCAGCUUGCACCAUACGUUCAGUUUCGCUCUGGAGGUGGAGCCAAUAGCCCGUCAGAGGAAGACUCUGAAGGUAACCGGGACAUCUGCAGUGAAAUCCUUCAGAUGAAAGCUCUGGAGAGACUUACUUCUACGGUACAGAGUGAGUUGGCAGCAGCUCUCGCUAGAAAGACUCGCAAAGCUUUAUCAGAGCAGGACUCUGAGACGACUGAAACAAGCCGGCAGGAAUGUAGCACGCCCAGUGAGGAGAGCAGCCCGCUGGGCGGUAUUUGUGCUUUGCGAGACGGUAAUGGAAGUGGCGGCGGCGGUAUGGGGACGGUAUGCGGCCGAGAGGAGCUCACCAGCCGGUUGGGACUGGAGGCUGUUCAGCGGCUGGCGAAAGAUGGCUGCCGGCUCCUGCAGAACCACAACUACCGUUUACCUGACAGAAACCAGGCGGAAGCAGUGGGUAGGGUUUGUCUGAAGGAAAGAGGACGGGACGUAUUGGUGUUGCGGAGAGUAACAACAUCAGUGACAUCACCGUCUGAUCGGCCGUCACCUACGUCGUCUGGGGGAGUGUCCCGGGAGGACGACUGCAAUAAGAGGUAUGUUGUGGUGUCGGGAACACCACUGAAGAUCUUGGAGCAUCUACUCAGUGACCUCCGACUGGAUGAUCAGAGAGGAGCGGCAGAGAACAGAGAGAGCGAAAUGCUGCUGGAUGACUUCCUGCUAACCUACCUUGUGUUCAUGUCCACUCAUGACCUCUGUCAGGCCCUGCUGGGACAUUAUAGCAGUGCACGCUGCCGGGGCCAGGAGGAGGGCAAAGAUGCCCUCUUUAGGAAGCGGAAAGUAUUGCGGCUGGUGUCUCAUUGGAGCAGACUUUAUAAGGACUUCCUCAAGGAAGAGGAGCAUGUCAGGAGCUUUAUGAAGACGCUGUACAGGUAUGUUCUAGAGGAUCUAUACGAGUUCCCCUCGCUGGAGAAAGACCUGAAAGAGUUUCAGAAACUUCUGCGCCGCAGACACACAGUGGAUGACUGCCCUACUAACCAAAAGAGUAAACAAAUGUACCAGCAGAUGAGCCUAAAGGAAAACACUUUGCAGCUUCGCAGUCCACAGACAGACCACAGAGAAGUGAUAUGUUGCGUUUAUGUGAGCCCUGAUUCCUACCUAAGUGUCCACACACACCCUGCGCUGGAGGCUCGGGAGCUGCUAAGGAUUGUGGCUCUAAAGCUGGACAAAGCAGAUGAAGACAUGGUGCUGGCUGUGGUGUUACAUACUGGAGAGCGAAGGAUGCUGCAGCCCAGUGACUGCGUCUAUUCAGAGUCACUGACCCCACAGGGAAAGCUGGUGGUCUGUCACAGGGAUCUUACAGAGAUCAUGCCACCGUUUACAGACUGUGCAGAAUUGUGCAGGAGGCCGGUUCGACUCUUAGGCAUCAACACCUGGGAUGUGGCAGCAGCGCUCACCCACCUGGAUUGGAGUCUCUUCAAAUCCAUCCAUGAGCAGGAGCUGGUGUACUACACUCUGAGCCGCUCUGGCCAAACAGCAGCGCUCACCGUCCUCCUCAAGCGCUGCAACGAGGUCCAGCAGUGGGUUAUGUCUGAGGUGCUCAUGUGUGUAUCUCUCAAUAAGAGAGUUCAGCUGCUAAAGAAGUUCAUCAAGAUCGCAGCUCACUGUAAAGCCCAAAGAAAUCUAAACUCUGCAUUUGCCAUUAUAAUGGGUCUGAACACAGCUGCUGUCAGCAGACUAAACCAAACUUGGGAGAAAUGCCCAGGGAAGUUCAAGAAGUUAUUCUCAGAGUUGGAGCUUAUCACGGAUCCUUCUCUGAACCACAAAGCUUAUAGAGAGGCCUUCAAAAGGAUGAAACCUCCCAAGAUCCCUUUCAUGCCUCUUCUUCUAAAAGAUAUCACUUUCAUCCAUGAAGGAAAUAAAACCUUUCAUGAUAACCUGGUUAACUUUGAGAAGCUGCAUAUGAUUGCAGAGACAGUGAGGAUGAUUCGCCACUGCCAAAGCGACCAACCAGGCAAUGAAGUGAUUGGAGUGGACAGUGCAGAAGUGAGGGCGAGCGUUCACUACCUGCACAUCAUCGACAAUCAGCAGACACUUUUUGAACUGUCCCACAAACUGGAGCCACGAGCUUAAAAAAAAAAAAAAAAA